ACAGCGCUGUCCCAACAGCGAUGUCGCCUGUAGAACAUCGCUGUUCUAGUCAAAUUUUUUAAAAAAAAUAUCCGUUGCACCUGCAUUAAUUACUCCAACAGCCAUGUUUUUUUUUGAAUUUUGAACGUAGGGUACCCCUCUCCCUAUAUAUUUAGACCUCUUCUUCACACUUUUACACACACAAACACAAAUCUCUUCAAUCUCCUUGCAUAAUUUAUCUUCUCUAUCAUUUUUUUCUUGAGAUUUCUUCAUCACCAUGGGCAAAGACAAGAGCAGGGCAGGCACUUCCGGAAAAUCCAAGUCCAAAUCCCGGGCUCCAUCCACGACCUCCGAGGAAUGCCUCUACUACGGCGAUGGGUCGUACCUCUGGUUCGAUUCCGAGGAGGAGCGCACCCGAUUUCUCACCUUUUUCUCUAAACGGGUUGUGGCUCCCCCACGAAUCAUCCCGGAGCGCUACCCGGAGCUGCAGGGCUACGACGACCUUGACGCGCAGCUUCAUCAAGCCGACCUUUGGCCGUUCGUCUCCCGGGCUCGAAAGGAGAUCAACCCGGCGCUGAUCCGGGCCUUCUACUCAAACCUCCGGAGUGAGGACGACGUGCUCUACUCCCUUGUCAAGAGCACGCCGAUUGAGCUCUCCGUUGAGCAGCUUGGGCGCAUCGCCGGCCUCCCCUUCCAAGGCAAAGACGUCUCUCACUAUGGCGGAGAGGACUGGGUGCUCAACAACGAGGGCCUUAUCCUCAACGAGCUUGGCAUCACCGAGCUCAUCCGCCAUGCCUCGGGACGCCCCACCAUCCACUCCGCUAACCCCGAAGGCCGUCUCGUUCUCUACAUCGUGUCCCGGAUCAUCAAACCCCAGAAGCACGACCACACAAUCAUGUCCGGUGAGGACCUCAAGCUCAUCCAUGCGAUCAUGCACUCGGCCCCAAUCAAUUGGGCAAAGUUUGUCAUGAUCAACAUGACGAUUGCCGCGUCCACUGACCACGACCACCUCCUCCCAUACCGUGGUGAUGGACAUCCUUUAACGGUUCAAGGUUAUGAUGAUUGGAAGAUCAUGAUGGAAGCACAUCUCUAUGCUCUACAUGACUGCAUGUGGAUGGUGCUUGAGGAUGGACCCUUGAAAAUCCAAAUGGAGAAUCCUGAGAGGAAUCCAGCAACUCCAGAUGUAGUCCAGUACAUUCCAAAGCCCAAAGAAAAAUGGGAUGAUAGAGAUUGCAAAAAGCACAAUCUGGACAACGUCGCCAAAGCAGCCAUCUUCAAGACACUUGAUCCCAUCACCUUCUCCAAGAUUAAGCAUCUCAAGACUGCCAUGGAGAUAUGGCAAGGUCUUGGGAAGCUAUGUGAGGGAUCAGAGGACUUAGGAAAGCAGAAGAUAGAGGUCCUGCUUGAGAAGUUCAAAAGCUUCAAAAUGCUUCCCGGAGAAUCAUUUGAUAUGUUGGACGAAAGGUUCCACAAAAUCUUAAAUGAUCUUGCAUCACUUAACCACGUUCUUUCUCCCAAAGAAAAGAAUGUAAGGUUGCUGAGAUCACUUCCAACCGAGUGGUACACCAAAGCCACAGCCAUGGAAGAAGGAAGAAACCUGGAAAACUACACUGUCCAAGGUCUUCUUGAUGAGCUCAGAACCUAUGAGCACGAGCUGAAGAAGAAGAAGGAAGAACAAGUCACUCCCUUCCCUACGGCAUUGAUGACAACUCCAAGAGUCCCAUCAAGUGAAGGGACAUGCACAAGAAACUAUGACACACCUUCCUCCAGCCAGCCGUCAAGCUCAAAAAUGGAGAACUACGAUGAGGAAUUUGCCAUGAUGGUCAAACAAUUCCGGAAGUUCAAGAAGUUCUUCAAGAAGGCUGACUCAGUCAGAAGGCCAUCCAAGGGAAAGCCACAGGUAAGUGACUCCCCUCCUGAAUCUUAUUUAUGUUAUAACUGUAGAAAGCCUGGCCACUGGAAGUCAGCAUGCCCGUACCCUAAGGUGGAAAAGUACGGAGAAAGAGAAAGAAACGAGAAGAAAAAGAAGGCAAUGGUUGCUGCUGAAAGUGACGAGUCAUCUAGCUCAAGCUCGGAUGAAGAAGCCCUCGUCUGCAUGGAGCGGAGAGUUGAGAAGUCCAACCAUGAGGAUAGGUGGACCAUGUCAGAAGAUGACACUCUCUGCCUAAUGGCCAAAGAUGAUGCUGAUCAAGAGGUAACUUCACAAACCUCCUGCUCAUCUUCUUAUGAAAGCAUACCAACUUCUGAAAAUCUUUUUGACCAGUUCAAAAAGAUGAUGGAAGACUUUGAGGAAAUAAAUCUCAAACAUUCAUCCUUAACAGAGGAGAACAAACUAUUGAGUGAAGAGAAUCUUAAGUUGACUGAAGGUCGGAAAAGUCAACUGGAUGAGAUCACUCAACUCAAGACUGAAAAUGAAUCUCUCUCUGAAAAGGUGAAAUCCCUUAACAUAGAGCUAGGGAUACUUAAGUCCAAAGAAGCAGUGGACAAGCUUCUUGAAACGACCAAACAAAAGGGUCGUGAAGGACUUGGGUUUGACCCCUCUAGUUCCAAAAGGAAAGGGAGAACAACCUUCAUCCCUCCUAAACCUACUGCCAAACCAAAUAAGCAGAAAGGAAAAGGAGAAACCAACAGAAGUUCCCAAAAAGGUUACUCCUUGGAAUUCUGCAAGGACAUGGCAUCUCUCAAGAACAUCUUCACAAAUGAAGUCAUUCUCACUGGGAAGAGAAUCAGAAACAUCUAUGAAGUUGUCGGCGCAAAUAUUCAUUUCCAGAAGUUAGAAACCAAGUUCUCUUCACCGACAUUCUAUCAAAGCUAUCUGGAAAUGAUAGCCGCUCAAGAACUCUCCAAAUUUCUUCAAAUGGAGAUUCGCCUCAAAUUUGAAGAAGAAGUUCUUGAAUUCUACAGAAAUGGAAGGGUCAUGUCUAUUAAAUCAAAGAAGGACCCACAGAGGAUGAUUCAAGUCAUCAAGUCGACUAUUGGAAGGACCAAUGUGAAGCUUUCGCAGAAGAAAUUGGGAGAAAAGCUUCACCUUCCCAAUUCUGGAGUUGAAAUUGGGAGAUUUCCAGUCAAAAAUCUGGACUGGAACGCUAUUGGAAUUUCUGGGCAAGCUCCUUCUGGCCCAGCGAAGAAAGCAGAUCUGAACAACGACUACAAGUUAGUUUUGGAACUGGUCAUCGCUUGCCUCGAGUGUGGAAGUGGAGGUCAUGCCGAUGACAUCACGCAGGAGAGAGCCUUCAUCAUCAACGCUCUCAUUACCAAAUCUAAAGUAAAUUGGGCUGCACACUUCUUCAAAUCCAUCUCAAAACAUCUGGGAAAGCACAAUCAGAAGUACCUUUGUCAAGGUCUGUACAUUGGACAUAUUUUGGAGUCUAUGGGUGCUGCUUCUAAAGGAAAGAAGUAUGAAAAAAGAUAUUGGUUAUAUUAUCUGUCUUCAAAAGGGGAAAACAGAGCUAGGGUUAGUGCUACUAUAGAGGAAUGCUCUUCAGAUAAUGUCCCACUCAUCAACUUGACGAAAACAGCCAAGAGAAAGCAUGUGGUGUCUCCCUCUCCAAGUGUUGAAGCACCACAGAACCUUGCUUUGGUCAAUCUUGAAGAAGUAGAAGAAGUCUCUGACCAAGGAGAACUUCAAAGGAAGAAGAAGAGGAAAGUCACCUCUCCUUCAACAUCUGGAAAUGUCAACUCGGAUAAGUUGAAGGAGAAGGAACUUGCUGAGGAAACCUCUGCCCAAAACCGGAGUCCUCAACAACUUGAAGAAGAAGAAAUUCCUCAAGUCCAAAGUCUUCCAACCCCCUCACCUCAAGCUCAAAUAGAUGAUGAUGAUAACCAAUUCUGGAACCAUGAAGACUUGCAUCUGGAGUACCUGGUCGACACACCAGCUUCAGAAUUUGAAGUGGAUGAUGAGGAUCUUGCAGUCUACAAGCCAGUCUUCUCAAGAGCCACAGCAGAACAGGUGGUUCUCACAUCUGAAGCACAAGCUGACUUGGAAGCAACAGCUGAGGAGUUCCAAAUAUUUCCGGAAACCUCACCUGCCUUUGAAACGCAACUAAUCCAAUCUCAAGUUUUAGAGACUCUCACAACUCCUUGUGAGAUCUCCAAUCCUACUGAAACUGAGAUCCCGGAGAAGUCAGCAGAAAUUCCGGAGCAAUCAACUUUUCCAGAAACAAAUGAAGAGGAGCAAGCCGUAGAAGUCCAAAGGAAUUCUGGAGAAGCUGAGAAGGAAACUCAAAUGGCAGAACUGGAAGUUUCUAAAACUCCAAUAGCCACUUUUGAAGAGCAGAAUGAAGCUGAAGAAAGAGACUCCCUCUCUAGGGAUAUAUCAAAUUUUAUCCUUGAUGAAGCAGAGGAAGAAUCUGAAAGAACGCUGAGUAUCAAUGAUGAAGAAGAUGUGCAAGAAAAUGCUGAAUCUCUUCUUAUGCAACUCUUCCAAAGAACAUCAUCUUCUCAUCAGGUAACCAACUUUCAUUUUCAUAGCUCUUCCACCCCUACACUUCCGGAUGAGAUACCGGAAAUCUGGACAAAGAAGGUCCAAGGGCUGAUUGAAUCAGCCCUAGCAUCUCAACAUGCCUCCUUUAGGCAAGAGAUAGAGCAAAUGGAAGUCAGGUACACCAAGCUGAUAGAGAAAUCUGAAGAGAAACACAGCGCAGAUCUCAACGAAAUAAGCAAGUCAGUGCACAAGACUCUAGAGAUCAUCUCUCUAUUGAGUAAAACUGUGAGCAACACGAUGGAGACAUAUGCAUUUGACAGUUAUCUUCAACUCAAGGAUGUUGACAAGAUCAAAGAACAAAUAGCAAAUGUCACCGUCAGCCUACAGAAACAAAUGUCCCUUCUCCAAAUGGACAUCAGAUCAGCCCUGGAAGUAUCUUCAUCAAAUCAGGUAGUGACCAAAGACUACUUGAAGGUGAUCAUUGACAAUCAGAAGGAAGCAUUCAAACUAUUCAGACUUCUUGGCGCAAAGUCUGGAAAUCGCAAGAUGGAAGUGAUUCUUCAACAACACAGUCCAUCCUUGAUACCAGAACUCCCCAUUGCAGUCAAAGAAGGAGAAGUCUCUUAUAUCCCUUCUCAUCUGAACAUGACUAAUCUAAUCCUUGAAGCACAACAAAGAAAUCCGGAGAACUCAGCACAGCACCUAUCCAGCUCAGGAUUGGAUGGAACAGAGGCUGUAGGAACAAUUGCUGCUCAUUUCUCAAUUGAUGAUCAAACAGAGGAAAGACGCAACAAUAUAAGGCGCAUCAAAGAACUGUGUGGAAACAUGCAAGGUAUCAGUGAGGCUGCCGGAUCUUCAAAACGCAAGAGGAACUGAAGGUUCUUUUCAUCAAAACAGGGGGAAAGUAUGUGAAAACACUAAUUUGUUUUGAUGAAAACACCUUCUUGUUUAAACAUUGCUUGAUCAGUUUAAACAUUGCUUCAAUCUCUCUCUUAAUUGUGCUUAUUAUGCUUGAUUAUGCCUAAUUCAAGUAUGAUUUUGAGAAUUCUUUUUCUGAAGCGCAUACAUUCAGGGGGA